ACGUAGUAUGCUAUAAAUAGAGACAAUAUCAUACGAAUUUUCUUACCAAAAUCUAAAAUCUAAACCUUUCUCUUCAUUGUAAUUCUAAUAAAAAACUGUCCAACAUGUUCAAUUACUUCAAGCUUGUUCUUCUCCUAGCUUUCAUGCUUGCUUCUUCAGGUCCUACGAAUGCAAAGAUGAUCCAGUUAGCAGGAAGUAGCAGCACAGAGAAAGAGGCGGCAACACUAACACAGGAGCUAAUAGAGGCACAACUGAAAUCAGUGGCGGCUUCAUAUGAAAAAGCUAAAAUGGCUGAGUUUGAGUUUCUCCAAAAGAUGGUGGAGUUAAGACAACCGAGGACGACAUCUAAUGAUGGCGUUCGUGGUGGCGCUCUAAAAUGUGAUGCAGCAGGAGCUUCAUGUAGCCCUGCUUUCCAAGCCAAGAAUGUUUGUUGCUCAGGGCUCUGCGUUCCUAUUGUUCUCAGCUUCUACGGCGUUUGCGCUUAAUUAAUUCAGCUGGAUUUAUCAUAUCAUCACAUCAUAUAUAGUCCUUGUUCUUCUGUGUCAUCGAGACUAUAAACAGGACUAGUACGUGUUGCAGAACUAUGCAUGUGUAUCUGUGUGUUUAAUCAAUUACGUAUGUGUUGUACCGUUCUUGUAAGCUAUAUGAAUAAAUGCAUGUGAUGUAUGCAACUCUAUUCACUUAUAUGAAUGGAUUAUCCUUGGACUGAUACA